GUGACAUUUGAUCAUUUUUCCAACUCGAAGCUUUUUUCCUGGUCAUGCGUGCUGUAUUUCCAUUUCCAAGAGGAUUUUAGCAUCUUAUCACAACAAGGAAAACGCAAAUCGUGCUGUUUUAAUAAAGUGCAUUCGGCCAUUGUGAUUUUCCGGUGUUUUGUGCCGAUAUCUCCAGAAAAACCCAACCCACAGUUUUUGAGCACUUCAAGACUCGUUGACAAUACCGAGUCUUUUCUUCUAGAGGUACUAAGUCCAUCAUGAAGCGUCAAGCUGACGGUGAUAUGGGAUCGCCAUUCAAACGUUCUAGGAGAGCAGGUGAUGAAGAAGUUCGUCUACUCAUUCCUAGCAAGGUGGCUGGUUCCAUCAUUGGAAAAGGUGGACAGAACAUCACCAAACUAAGGAGCCAGUACAAAGCGUCCAUUACUGUCCCCGAUUGUCCAGGCCCUGAACGGCUGUUGAACCUUUCCUCAGACAUGGAUAGCGUUUGCAAUAUCAUAAGCGACGUCAUACCCAAUUUAGAGGAGAAUGGGGCCAAAGUUGGCAAUGGAGCCGAAAUUGACAUGAGAAUGAUGGUUCAUCAGAGUCUGGCAGGGUGCAUCAUUGGAAAAGGUGGAAACAAAAUCAAGGAAAUCAGAGAGAAAUUGGGUACCAAAAUCAAGAUUUUCUCCAAUGUCGCACCACAGAGCACUGAUCGCGUCAUCCAGAUCAUUGGAGAACCUGCAAAAUGCAUUGAUACUCUUCGUGAAGUGCUCACAUUGAUCAAAGCAAGUCCAGUUAAAGGUGCGUCCAGCCCGUACGACCCCCACAAUUUCGAUGAGUUCUAUGCUGACGAAUAUGGCGGAUGGGGAGGUCAGCAAAGAGACAAUGGCAGGGGUGGGGAUAGAAAUGGAAGUUCCAAUUUCCAGAGGCCCAAUCAGAGAGGAGGGAGUAACCAGGGAGGACCUAGAGGAGGUGGAGGUGGACCCAGGGACGGACCCAGAACUGGUGGUCCCAGAGACGGAGGCCCACGUGGCAUGGGCCAGGGAGGUCCCAGGGGAGGCGGCGGUAUGAGAGACGACUCGCAAGGACCAGGAAAUAGGGGAAGAUUCACAAUAACGGACCGUCACCGAAUAGGGGAGGCGGAUCUUUCGGGAACAGGUCCAACAUGGGCGACAGACCCAACAAUCCCUUCAAACAAUUUUAAUUCUGGAGGGAACAACUUCAACAACAGGUCUAACACGUCGAACGGUUGGACAGGGUCUCCAUUUACACAGCCUCCCCCUAGUUUCAACCAGACACCGAUGGUGAGUCCCCCUGGACCUAUAGGGUUGUCUGGAUCGCCUGGAUCAGGUGGGAAGACUCAGACUCAGGUCACCAUACCCAAAGAUCUUGCCGGAGCAAUAAUAGGAAAAGGAGGUGGUAGAAUCAGGAAAAUUCGCCAGGAUUCCGGAGCAGGCAUCACCAUAGACGAGCCGUUGCCUGGAUCGAACGAUCGCAUCAUCACCAUCAGCGGAACAGCAAACGAAAUCCAAAUGGCUCAAUAUCUACUACAGCAAAGCGUCCAUCAAAAUGCAGAAAGAAACAACUAUUAGGGAUGGGCUUGGAGUGAAAAAGUUUUAAUUUAGGAUAGUUUGAGUUUAGCAUUAAGCAUUUAUAUGUCCAACCAUUGGAAAUUGUGGAUCGUACAUUUGAAGCAAAAUAAAUUGUAAACGAUCACAAUAAUGGGGGCCAUAAUAUAAUAAUAAUUACGUAUUUUUAUAUAUAUUAUAUGAAUGUAUAUCUAAAUUAAAAAUAUAAGAUUUUCCCGCAACAUUCCAAAAUCUUUUUGAGUUUAAAAAAGGGGGCAUUAUUUCUAAGUUUAAUUUUAGUUAACUUUUUGAGAAAAAAAAUACAAUUUGAGCUUAUUAAAUAUAUUAAUUUUCUUUUGACUUUUGCUUAAAGUACAAAUAAAAAAUCCCAAAGAAAAUGUUAUAUAUUUUCAAAAUACUAACAACUAAAUUAUUUUUUCUAUAUUUUUUUAGGAAAAAAAAACAUAACUAUAAUAUGUUAUAAUUAAAUUGUGAAACAGAAAGAAAAUUAAUAGAUUUAGAUAUUUUUUGCCCACAUAUAUGGUUUUUUGUGCAUUUAAAUUUUUCAUAUAAAAAUUUAAGACUAGUUAUAAGAACUAUGUUAUCUAAAAUAUACAGUUCUUCGAAUGGUACAGUUUUUUUGGACACUCUGUACCUUCUAAUGGGAGAAUAUUAUUUUAGGUACCGAUCAUAACUGUUUAAAUCAGUUAAAAUAUCAGUUUAAUUAUUAGUUUUUAUUUUAUUUUUUUGUUAUAAACACACAUUGGGUGACGAAAUAUAUGUAAUAACAUAAUAAAAAAUAUCGUUCAGUCUAAGAAAACCAUCACAGUAGCCUUUGAAACGUGCAUUAAUAUUUAUAAAUGGCAUAGGAGUCGUCCAGUUAGAAAUUAUCAUUGAUUACAUUUUUAAAGGCUACCAUGACACCGUUUUUUUUUAAAUUUGCGUCACCCUGUAUAUUAGAUAUAUUUGUUUAAUUUUUGCGACUGAGUAUCUUCCAAACACAUUUUUUAUUUUUAUUUUAACCAGCAAUGUGUAAAGUACUAACAAUUUUAAAAUAAUAUCAUAUCAGUUUUUUUCAAAAAAAAAACAAACAAACCAAUAAAAUUGUUCAUUUAUUUUAAUUUUAAUUUAGCCUGUAGUCUUGAGAAACGCGAAUUUUUUUGUUCAAGUACAAAUUAUUUUUUUUUUCAAGCGUUUCUGGGGAUUAUUCUAAUUCAUUUUGUUCUUUACCAAAUAUUUUUUUCUGUAACUUAGAUUUAAGUUUACAUACAUAAACACACACACACCGUGAAUAAAGUAUAAGGAAAUGUAUAAACUUUGUCUUAAAAUAAAGAAAUUUGACUCAACAAUA